AUGUCGCGAUCUCUACCAAAAAAGAACAACCCGUUGAUCUUGGCCGACGUUGCUCCUGUUUAUGAGGAGCUGCUUGCGCGCCGUCGUCUUGGAAAGACCAACCUCUUUGUCAAGCCUACCCAAAUUGGAACCUCUAAUGCGACUAAGCCUGAGAACCUGGGCCUGUUCGAGUAUGCUCACCUCCGGGCUCCAUUGCCCAAGGACCUGAAAGGAUCCGAGAUUUUCCCAUCACACAACUCUCAACAGCAUCCUGAGACUUACUUCUUGAUGCGAAGGAGCAAGGAUGGAUUCGUCAGCGCAACUGGCAUGUUCAAGAUUGCCUUCCCAUGGGCUAAGGUGGAAGAGGAGCGCACUGAGAGAGAAUACCUGAAGGCCCGUGAGCACACAAGCCAGGAAGAGGUUGCGGGCAACGUUUGGAUUUCUCCCCUGUUCGCUCUCGAGCUGUCCAGGGAAUAUCAGAUGUACGACUGGGUCCGUGCUUUGUUAGAUCCUGCCGAUAUUGUACAGAGCCCCGCCAGUGCAAAGAAGCAGAUUACCCCUCCACCCAAGUUCGAGUUGCCAGGCGAGGAGCCCUCACUCGCCCGUGGCCGUAGCCGUCGCUCGGUUUCUCCCAGCAAGACUUCCCCUAUCAAGAAGUCUGUUUCCCCUCGCAAGUCUCGGCAGCCCCGCUUAAAAGAAGUCCCCAGCACUCCUUCAACAAGUGCUGCCAAUGAUAGCCUGCAGAAGGCUCUGGAGGUGACAGCCUCAGCUGUGGAAACUGAGUCAGUGAACGACAUUAUUGAGACUGUGGAGGAAACCGAAGUGAAGACUGUUGCCUCGCCAGAGAAGAAGAGAGGCCGCAAGCCUAAGAAGGUUGUUCCGGAGACCGAAGAGGAGACGGAGCAGACAAAGGAAGACAAGAGUGAAGAGAAGGCAGAGAAGAAACAGAAGGAUACUUCGGCGUCUGAACUUGUCAUUGAAAAGACCCCCAUUGUGGAACCUGAAGUUGCUCAAACGACUAUCUCCCUCGAUAUGCCCAUCCUUCUGCCCGAGGUUCCCUCGGCCAAGGAAACAGAAGAUAUGAUUGCCAAGGCCAAAGAGAUGGUGGAGGAUGCUAUCAAGACCCAAGCAGCCGAUGGCGUUCCCGCAGAUCCAUCUGUCACGAUCACAAAGAAGCGGAAGCCCGAGGAGGACGAUGACGAAGAGACCGAGGCCGAAGCCGCCCAGCGGGCGAAGAAGGCCAAGGUUUUGGAAGAGAAGCUCAAGCGUGAGCGCGUUCGUAACCGAGCGCUUUUUGGCGUCUCUGCAGCUUUUGCCCUUGCUGCUUCAAUUCCUUACUUCCUCUGA